UAAUAAAAGACCCUACUCGCUAGAACCCAAAUCAAUUAGCCAUGGGAAUUUUAUCUUGGUUCAGUAGAGGCAGCAAUAAUAACAAAAAGGAAAACUCUCCGGUUGAAAAAUCCGAUAUGAAACCCCAACCCGUGUCCUCCGAGGUACCUGGAAUGAACGGAGCGAUGGAGGUCCGACGACCCGCUCUGUCCGCCGACCUAUCGGUUUUCGAAUUCGGGUCAGUCGCCACCUCUGCCGACAAGGUCGCAGUGACCGGGUACUGUCCCGUUUCGGACGAGCUAGAGCCCUGCCGUUGGGAGAUCCUGCCAGCUAUUGGCUCGGAUGCACCCCAAUUCCGCGUGGUCUUUUGAGUUUGUUGAUUUGAGAGAAAAGUAUGAGAGAUAUUGUUUUCGAGCAUAACUGUUUUCCAAUCCUUUGUAGAAAUUGGCGAACUUUUUGGUUCGAAAUUAAUGUUAAACGUUAGUGGAGACUUGCAUCAA